UUUCUCAGGUAAAUGAAUUACAAAUCAGCAAGCAAUGUAUGUUCAUUAAAAAUAUCCUGCUAGCAUCACAAAGCUUAAUUUGUUAUCGCGACAGCAAGCAGUGUGAAGUUCAAUUCAGCCUCUCCCCCUUUUCCUGAUGUUGUACGUGGCUGAUAUGUAAACUGCUCGGCAGUGGAUAUGAUCUCAUCUGGUUAUUGCCAGUAGUGGCUGGUGCUGCUCACAAUUUAAAGAAAACCGAGGCCUGGUUGGCCGUACUAAGUUGUUUUCUCUUUCCUAUCCGAAACAUAAUAUGGCAGGGGGUGGUGAUCUUGAGUCUUCCCUGGAUUUCAGCGGUAGCUUCACUUCGUCUUUACCACCUCCACGUUCCCGCAUCUUCAAAAUUAUCGUUAUUGGGGAUUCGGGUGUGGGCAAGACUUGUCUUACUUACCGCUUUUGCGCUGGUACCUUCCCGGACAAAACCGAAGCUACUAUUGGAGUGGACUUUAGGGAGAAGCUGGUGGAGAUCGACGGGGAGAAGAUCAAGAUUCAGCUGUGGGACACGGCAGGCCAAGAACGCUUCAGGAAAAGUAUGGUGCAGCACUAUUAUAGAAAUGUGCAUGCAGUUGUUUUUGUGUAUGAUAUGACGAACAAUGCCAGCUUCCAGAGUCUGCCUGCUUGGAUUGAGGAAUGUAGACAGCAUUCUCUGGGCAGUGAUAUUCCUCGCAUCCUGGUGGGUAACAAAUGUGACCUGCGUAAUGCUGUACAAGUUAAGACAGAUUUGGCACAGAAAUUUGCAGACACGCAAAGCAUGCCUUUGUUUGAAACGUCUGCAAAAAAUCCAAAUGACAAUGACCACGUGGAAGCCAUAUUCAUGACUCUGGCCCACAAACUCAAAAGCCACAAGCCAAUGAUGCUUAGUCAGCCACCAAAUGGAAUCCAACUAAAGCCGGAUGAGAAACCUGCAAUGGCUUGCUGGUGUUAAUUGUGUCAAUCUGCCAUGAAAAAGUAGGAGUGUCUACUUGGAAGAGCAAGGUGAAGAUUGAAUAUGUCCAGGCCUUCCCUGCAACAAUGCAUACCCAAAUAUUUCCAAGGGAUGUUGUGUGUCAAAGGGUGUAUUAGUUUGUCUGUGUAUUGCAGACUUCACUGUAUCGCCUAACAAGAACAAGUCAUGUUUCCUUUUCACCUUCUAAUUGCUAAUACUUGGUCAGAUGUGUCAAAUGACUGUGGAUGUGAUAAACGUGUCUUUAAGUUGUUUUGAGUUAUUGGGAAGGUGCAGCAGAGAUGGUACAAGCUGUAGUAUAGUGACAUUUUGCAGUCCAUGGUAUGAGUCAUUGUAAGAAGGGAACUGACUUAACUGUGCUUUGAACUCAUGGUUAUAAGACGACUUUCCUACUAGGCCUCUGGCCUGUAAUUGCAGAAGUCCUGAUUUUUUUUUUCUCUCUCCAUAGAGGUCUGCCUUUAAAAAGCUGCUAAAGACUAUGUUUAAAUGAAAAUAAAGGUUUUUAUUUUCUUCAACUUUUGCAGGUCACCUCACUUUAUAUCAUUCUACAAAAAUGGAAACAGAACCUUAACCUUUGUUCUUCUGUUUGUCAGACAUUGCAGUUUGUUUUGAUAUCACUGCUUGUGGCAGACGUCACGGCAAUGGGUUAGGAACAAGCUGUUUUCGUAUGAAUAGUCGUACGAUUGCACCAAAAUGCAGACCUCUUUGUACCCAGAUAGUUUGACAGUUUGAUGUGAGAAGGGGUGGGGAUAAGUUCAGCUAAUUAUGCAGUGUAUUUAAUAAAACUUGGGAGUAUAAGCCAUAUUGAUUGCCUUAUAAAGACUAUUAGGUGAAAGACAUCUGCAUAGUAGAAGCAGAAGUGCAAACUUUUUUUUGUGAAAUUAUCUGUAUCUUUAGUGAGUCAUUUUUUACAUUCUUGAGGCAGAAUAUAAAAAAUGACCAGUGUCUGCAGUGGUCUGUAAUCUUGUUUUGUUGCUAUACUGCCAGUACCAUACUUGCAGUACUGUCACUCUAACGUAGCAUUCCUCUGGUCCAAUUGAGCUUGUGUCUGUUUUGUAAAUGGUGUUUAAACCUCUAUAUUUUCUUUGUUAAUAGAAUGCUUGGAGUAAAAGGGAAGCUUCUGCAUGACUACUUUGCCAAGUUACUUUCACCAUAUUGGGUAAAGCACAGUAUGUUAUCAAGGUUGAAAGUGAUGUCUUUUUAAUACUAGGAAUAUUAGUGUGUGGCAUUAUUUUAGUAACCAGAGACACUUCAUGUUUAUUGAUGGAGGUGCGCUGAAUUUCAGUCAUUGCACUAACGAAAGCUAAUAUAUUGAAUUUUAUGAUUCAUUGUUUAAAUUUUAUUUGCAUCUGACAUGCUUCUUUUCCUUUUAUUCGGUGUGAACUUUGCCUAAUGCCUGCAAAAGUGCUGCAUAGGACUUUUGUUGACAGGAGUCUACCAUCCUCCAUUACAUCAUGGGUUCAUGGCUUCGUAAACCCCCCCUUUAUAUAACAUGCAUUUUGUGUGAAAUGUCAUUAUUGGUGAAGUCAUACUGUUUUGCAGCCUGAGUAAACUUGGUUAGCCAGGCUGAAAGUUGUCCCACAUUGUUGUCAUGUACAGCGUGUUCUGUUGAGCAGAAGAAGAACAACUCUAGAAAUAAAAUGUUGGUUCUAAUGUA